AUGAUCGGGCUGUCUUACUUCGGUAGGAUGCCCACAACGACAAAGCUCAUGCCUCUCCCCAGACGACAGUAUUUCUUCACCGCGAACGGCUAUCGUCCAAGAAGGCAAGCCAGGACAGGAAAGGCAUGGGGCCGGAGGUGUGCUACACUCGAGGCAGGAGAAAACAAGGCUGGCCAUAUCAACGCUGGUCCCAACGAAGGCAUCUUUUUCUUUGACAAUAUCUUCCCACUGAGGCUCCAAUGGCUCAUGCGCAUCCCUUUCCUCAACGUUGAUCGAUCGAUUCCGGCCCUACUCAAGAGAGUGAACAACCCAAACCUUGCCGCUGCCGACCCAAUGACGGUCAUCAAUCGGGCACUACCCGAUUCAUUACCAAUGCAAGUCACUGACGUUCUGCCCCGAGUAAAAGAAGGUGGCGCCUUUGUCAAAUUCUCACACGACGGAACUGUUUCAAAAGGAGAGCUGGAAACCACCUUGAAGAAGUAUUUGAAAGAACAUCCUAUAAACCCAUGGUUCAAUCCGAUGCGGAGGGUCCGUGCAUUCUUGGUUCAAGGCCGACCGUGGAUCGAGGACCUGUAUAGAAUACCAAGCGCCAGGCUGAGGGUGGAAUUCCUCGCGUCGUCUCCUGAAGCUUCGGCAGCGGAACUGACACAGGAGACCAUUUUUUCACUGUUUCGUCGAUAUGGCAAGAUUGCAGAUAUCAAAGCCCAGCCAUCAGACUCGAAAGUCCUUCCUAGGUACGCAGUGGUCGAUUAUACCAGGGUCAGGUUCGGCGUCAUGGCCAAGAAUUGCAUGCACGGCUUUAAAAUUCUCCCCGAAGCAGGAGGCGGACCGUCUGGCACAUUGUUGAAGAUCUCUUUUGAGCAGAAAGCAAAAACACACUGGAUCCGGGAUUGGCUAUUCAAUCAUCCAAGGAUUGUUAUUCCUGCAGUCGCAGCUUUGGUGGCUGCUCUAACAGUCGCAAUCUUUGACCCAAUACGUACAUUCUUCAUCAAAACUCAUAUCACGCAAGCAUUCCAUUUGGAGGGGAACAUGGUCGGUCAAUGGGUACGGAACCAGGUCAAUCGCGCCAACGACAUAUUCCGGUUUGGAAGACGCAAGCAGGACGAUGACAGCCUUGAGGUUCUGUUUGAAGAUCGACAAGGAGCUAUCAACCAGCUGAGGACAUGGCUCAUCGAGACCGCUGACACCUUCAUUGUUAUUCAAGGUCCACGAGGCUCGGGUAAAAGGGAACUGGUUUUGGACCAAGCACUCGAAGAUCGUAAGUACAAGUUGGUCAUUGACUGCAAGCCUAUACAAGAGGCUAGAGGGGACAGUGCAACAAUUUCCACCGCAGCUGCUCAGGUCGGUUACAAGCCAGUCUUCUCUUGGCUGAAUAGUAUCAGUAGUUUGAUUGAUUUGGCUGCACAAGGCACGAUUGGUACCAAGACAGGCUUCUCCGAGACUCUCGACACGCAGUUAGCCAAGAUAUGGGGAAACACCGCAACAGCGUUGAAACAAAUCGCAUUGUCGGGUCGCAAGAAAACUGAUAAGGAUGCUGAUCUAGGUGAUGACGAGUACCUGGAGGCACAUCCAGAGCGCCGUCCCGUUGUGGUCAUAGAUAACUUCUUACACAAGGCUAAUGAAAGCCAUCUCGUUUACGACAAGAUCGCGGAAUGGGCCGCGGCACUGACUACUACCAACAUUGCUCAUGUUAUUUUCUUGACGAAUGAUGUUUCGUUCUCCAAAUCCUUGAGUAAGGCACUUCCGGAUCGAGUUUUCCGCCAGAUCAUCUUGAGCGACUGCUCGCCAGAAACCGCGAAGCGUUUCGUAAUAAGGCAUCUGGAACGGGAUGCAGAGGAUGGUGCUGGAGACCAGCCGCUUUUGGAAGCGCAAGCUCAAUCCCAUCUUGAUGAACUUGACGAGACCAUUAACAUUCUGGGAGGACGACUUACAGAUCUGGAAUUCUUGGCUCGCAGGAUCAAGACUGGCGAAUCACCCAAGAAAGCCGUUCAGGAGAUCAUCGAACAAUCUGCUUCCGAAAUUCUGAAAAUGUUUAUUCUAGAUGGGGAUGCACAUACUAGGAAAUGGACACCACAACAGGCCUGGAUACUCAUUAGCCAGCUCGCCGACGAAGAAACUUUGCGGUACAACGAGAUUCUACUCUCCGAGAUAUACAAAGACGGCGGCGAGUCCACCCUACAGGCACUCGAGAGCGCUGAAUUGAUCACCAUCGAAUCAUCUAAUGGUCGGCCUCAUGCAAUCAAGCCAGGCAGACCAGUCUACCAAGCUGCCUUCAAGUACUUGACCCAGGACCAGGUCCUGAGGAGCAGAAUGGAUCUAGCAGUCUACACGCAACUGGUUGGGAUUGAGACCAAGAAUAUCGAGAAAUACGAGAAUGAGCUGAAGCUGCUACAAGAGGCGAAUGCCCGACCGAGCUUCAUGAGUAGGGUGCAAUGGCUGCUUGCUAAGGCAGAUGCGUCACAGAGCAAGAUCGAGAAGUAUGAGCAGGAAAGUGCUAAGUUGAAGAAGACUCUUAUGGCACUCUACUGA